AUGGACCCUAACAAUGCUAUUAGACCAGACUACACUCUACCAGAGUUCCAAGGAGAACGCCAACAACUGAUAGACGAAGGUCUAUCUGAGCAGCAGGCUACACAAUCCCUAACAGCAUUAUGGAAUUUUAACAACAACACCAAAAAAGUACGCUGGGCAGCUAGACAAGAGCCCGAGGAAGACGAAGCCCAGAGGCAGCAGGACCUUAAAGAUGAAGAAGAAGCAACUCAAUUAGAAGAUAGGAAGAAAAAUAAAAGCAAGUACACACCCAUCAAGUGUGGAAAAGUACCUUCCGACCCUACUAUCCUCCCAGCGCAAUACGCGAACAGGAGAUUGAAAGCAGGGGAUUAUUGCGAGUUACACUACUUUACCAACAGAGGCCUCGACGAGGCCAAGUUUUCAGCCUUGAUUGCUGAACCCAAUGCGCUAGUGAUGCUCCCAGCAUCAGACGGAGUCCAUUCUUGGGUCCCCGCGGCAGCAGUCAAAGACCCCAAGGCAGCCCCAGUCACCAAAGAUGAAAAUCUCACCUGGGAGGAAUUUAACGAGGUGGCCCCGCGCAUAGUCUCUUUCAUGAAGGUACACGACUGGCCAAACGACAGAGUCAACAUGCAUAUCCAGUUCUGGACGGCCCUUCAAGCCCACCACUGGCGUCACGCACCAGAUGUGCUCAAACAAAAAGCCUUGUUGCUUUACCAGUCGCAACAGUGA